AUGCGACGUCGUUCUCGAAGUCCAGUUAGCAACGGAUCAGAGGCUCCUGGUGGAAAAAUUGCAAAGACAACCCACUCACCGGGGGGUUCAACGGAGAGAACAAUUGACUCAACGGUACCCGUAGCCCCAGAUUCCGGACUUCCCUCGUAUUCUGCAGUUGAGUUAACCACAACUGAAUCUCGCCAACGCCAUCCGACCGUCAAUAAAACCCCACAACCUAGUGUCCCUCGGCCCAAAAGACAAGACUGGUGUCGUUGGCCAAUUUGCAAGGACUUUCUCAAGUACGGCAUUUGCCCAAACGAAACUGGACCCGGAAAGGAUGGGGCCAAGUGUCAAUUCGCGCAUAUCAGAGCAGAUGAGGCCGUAUCGGCAACAUCAGACGGAUAUGUUCGUGUCUGUUUCGAUUCAAUGGGACUAUUACAGUCUUCCUGCCGAAGAGUAAGAUGCUCAUUCUACCACCCGCCCAACCAUAUCCGUGAUCAAAUAAUUGCCAAGCGUCAUGCACAGUACUUACAGGAGAAACACGUAAAGGGGAUUUACAACCAGCUCGCGGCUUCGAUACCGCUAACACCGACAGUAAAUCAUCUUACAUGCUUCUCAGACCCCCUUUCAAAUAUGGCAAUGACUCAGCCGCUGAUGUGUAAUAGUCUUUUGGGGCCAACAAGCCUUCUCCCUCCUUCCAAACCUCCAGUCUUGGGGUCAGAUAUCACCCCGGCCAAGCUGCCUACGAUGAAUAUUGACACCUCUGGGUUGAUCUACCAGCAGGUUUUACAGCCACCGCCGAUGCUUCCUCCAAUUAACUGGGCAGAUAUCUUGGCGAAAACAAACUCACCAUACCUGCCACCGCGACCAGAUACACUGGCGAUUUACAAUUGGCUGUUACUGUCUCAAAUAAACCCUGGAAUUCUGCCUGGUAUGGUCACUCCUCAAACAGCGCUUGGGUUUCCGCCCUUCGGAACACCCAACUCAAUGACCUUGGCAACGGACCUCGUUCCGCCUUCGAAUGCUGUUUCGUAUGCAGCGGGUCCGUCUAUGUAA